UCAUGUAUCGAUAGUUAAAAAAGGAAUAAGUUGCGGUUUUCAUGGCUUUCGUAUAAUCCCCAUAUAUAUUUAUCAGGGUUGGUAUUAAAGUGGUCUUCGCUUUACGGUCCUAUACACAGGUAUGAAUAGCCCAGGUGAGGCGCGGAUGUGUGAAUAAGUUGAGUUUCGUUAGAUGCUAGCAGAAGGGUUUAAAGCAUUCGCUGUGACAGUCGACUUGUAACUUCACUCCUCGUUGAUGUAUAAUAAUCAAGCAUUUCUUCCAAACAAAGUGAAUGAUUAAUUUCUCUAGUCUUGGGAUUUUUAUAAAUUAACUUUUUAGAACAAACGGAAUUUAAUAUAGAGUGGAUUAUAUCUGUUUGAAGCAGACCAGAAGCAGUGCCCAUACAGACCAGCGUGGGUGUUUGGUAUAAUAUGGUCCCCCAGUGAUCAUUGCUAACGCGGGUCCAGACACUUCUCAGAAAAGGCCCUGCGCUCGCAUUCAUUUGGAUGAUGAGGACGUUAUUUUCACUCUAUAUAUAAAGUUUAUUGGAAGUUAAUUUCAUUGUUGAUUGCCUGCCUUGAGGAUUAUAACUUGUUCUUGUGAAUAUAACCAGUAUCUGUGAUGGCCAGAUUAAGGCGUGGUGCCCCGCGUCCAAGGCCACUCCAUUGUGCCGUGUUGCUGAGAUGAUUUCAUUAACAACAGAGAGAAAAACUACUUAUUACUGUUCCAAUGACCGUGAAAUGGUUGCUUCUCCGACUGUGCUAAAGGUACAAAGCAAGUAUAACACUUUUCACCUUCUUUUGUGUGUCCUAACGAUGAUAUCGUGUGCCAACGCUUUUCCUAGUCCAAUCGUCAAUCAACAGAACAGGACAAUUGUCAUGUUUCGCAAUCAGAUCUGCAAACCUGUAGAUCCGCAGCAUUUGACUCAGAGAAUGGGAGACUUCUUUGACACUUCUAAAAUGGCCUUAGACGAGGCCACCGUGAAAAGAAGUAUAGAUGACGAUCUAUUACAAAGUGACGACCCGAGUGUAAGCGAUGAUGGAUUUAACUCAGACGACGAUUCUGACGAUGAGGAAGAAUCUAGUACUAAAAAACAAGCAAGUAGUGAUAAAAAUAGUUACAUUCAUAAAUACACAGAGGAUCCCAAUCAUCCGAACUAUCCUCAGUCGAUGCAGUUUAUGCGGCGGAAAAGGGAUACGAACAAUUUCCAAAGUGUUGAUGAAUUCAAAACACAUUAUCAGUUAUUAAUGGAAUCAAAAGCCAAGAGAAAACAAUUUAAACGAUUCAUUAGGAAAUCAAAAAAAUUAAAACAGAAAAAGAAAUUACCGUGGACUUGCAAAGCAAAGAAGGUGUGGUUGAAAAUGGAGGAUGGAUAUUUUCCAGGAUAUAUACGGUCGACGCAGUGUAAGUCUAAAAAGUGUUUUUUCAAUUACUAUGAGUGUAUUCCAAAGAAAUAUACUGUAACGAUUCUUAAACGAGAUCCGAACAAUUGCAAUCCUGUUCCAAGUUAUGGACUUAACACAACUUAUGAGGAACGAUGGUUCUUCGAUAAGUACCACGUGACCGUGUUCUGUGAAUGUGGCAUUGGUUCCGGUCGGCGGAGGGGCAAAGGCGGCAGAAAGUCACGGUCGUGAAAGCUAGCUUUAAUGUGCAUUCCACGUGCCAACAUUCCGAAGGACCAUCGUACCCGACUGUGAUAUUUUAAUACACUCGGUUCCCGAAAGAAAUCCAAAUUUUAAAAUAUUUGACAUUAACACUUAAUUAUUGUGCAAUUUUUCUUAUUGGAUAUAGUGUAUGUGAAUGUUGUAUGUUUCGUAUUUAUUAUUCAGUAUCGUGAGAUCCUGCCAGAUAUGGACAGUCCACACACAAUUUCACACACUUCGAAAUCCAGAAACGUGAAAUACACGUGAUUCAAAACCAUGUCAAAUGUGUUCAUAUACGAUGUGGCCAGUGUGACGCAAAAAGGCGCAUUUUUAAACCUUUUUAAGAAAAAUUAAACUAUUUGUGUUGGUUAAUGUUGUUUUUAAUUAAAGACAACAAAAUCAAAGAUAUGAGGAUAUGUUCGAAUGAACAAUGAACUUUGCAUUGAGCCAUGUAUAAAGUUAAAGAAAGUGACAUCAACACUUGCAGUGCAGGGAAUAAUGUAUAUUAAUAUAAUUGUUAAAUCUAUUUAAAUUAUUUGUUGUAUUUAUGAAAUAAUACAAAAUAACAAAACCUAAA